AUGGGUAUGAACGAUGCAGUAUUUAAGGCCUUGACAAACUGCAGCUGGGAAUGUGUACAAUGUGGGGUACCAAAUUUCUCUACUGGCAUCUUUGACACCACACUUUUUGAAUCCUACAACAGCUUUAGUAAUCUGACAUUUGCCAGCGACAGCGAAAUCAGCUUCUCCUGUCCUAAUGCAACAUCAUCACCACAGCGACGUCACAGCUCGACCGCCGAAAAUUCCAAAUCAAAGCGAACAGAUAUGCCUCUUAGAAUCCUAAUUGUCAAUUGUCAAUCCAUCAAAACCCCAGGAAAGAGGGGCCAACUAGAACAUAUGAUAGAAGCUACACAAGCUGAUAUAGUAAUUGGCACAGAAUCCUGGUUAGAAGACUCUGUUAGGUCUUCCGAAGUAUUUCCACCCAACUUCAAACCCUAUCGCCGCGACAGGCAGACUGGUAAUCAAGGGGGUGGCGUCUUUAUUCUAGUUUCCAACACCUACGAGAGCGAAGAACCAUCAGAAAUUUCUCUGCAAGAUGACUGUGAAGUUGUCUGGUGCAAGGUGAAGAUUAGGGGGUCACAGCAUCUUUAUAUUGGUUCCUUCUAUAAGCCGCCUUCUCAAACAAAUCCAGACUAUCUAGAUCAUCUUGACCGUGCUCUUGGUAGAAUACCGAGAGGUGCCCACACAUGGCUAGGAGGGGAUUUUAAUCUCCCAGACAUCGAUUGGCUGAAUGAAUGUCCAAAAACCAGCUCAACGAACACCAAACAAUGCCAACAACUCAUUGAUGUAACUAGAGAUCACUUCCUUGAACAAAUCGUCACAUCACCAACUAGAAUAUCUAACUACAGUAGCAACAUUCUUGACUUGUUUUUUACGAACAAUAGCACACUGGUCAAUAAGUGUGAUGUUCUCCCAGGCAUAGGCGAUCACGAGGCGGUAUUCAUUGAGUCCAGCUUACGCCCUAUGAAACUCAAGAAACCUCCAAGAAAAGUACAUAUAUAUAAGAAGGCUGAUUUCACUCAAAUUAGACAGGAGCUAGCAGACUUCUUCGAGUCCUACACUUCAACCACACCGAGCCUUGAUGUAAAUGCGACUUGGCAACUUUUCGAAGAGAAGCUCAAAGACCUUAUGGAUAAGCAUAUCCCUUCCAAGCUGGUGUCCGGCAACAAAGUUAGCAAGCCAUGGAUUAAUAAACUAGUAAAGUCCAACCUUCGAAGAGUAAAAAAGCUUUAUAACAGACAGAAAUCCACUAAGAAACAAGGUGAUAGAGAGAAAUAUUUAAAAGCCAGAAGUUAUACACAGAAAACUGAGAGACAACAGUAUUGGUAA